AUGGCUCUCGCUUCCUCGUCUUCCAGCGUGCUCAAAUCAGCACAGGCUGCCCCUCUCAAACGUUUAACGUCCCAGGCUCGCACUUACGCUACCCCUGCUGCCGCCACAUCCACCUUCUCUCCCCCUCCCCAAUCCUAUCCAUCGUCCAGCACAAGCACAACGCCCUCAGCUGCCCAGUCCUACCUCACAAACCUCCUCUCGCUGCCUCCCUCUCGCCAGUUCUCUCCUUCCCUCGCUCUUCAAAUCCUCACCCACAAAUCCUACCGGUUCUCCCACCCCGUCCGCUCCAUCUCGCCCGAAGACCCAUCCGCAAUCCUCGAAACAUCUGCUCCCCACAACAGCCGGCUUGCCUUUCUCGGACGUCGGGCGUUGACCACGUAUCUGGCGUUAUUCGUGCAUGAACAAUAUGCGGGCUCUAGUGGAAAACUGCAGGAGCAAGGAGGAGACUUUUUGAGAGGUAAAGAGCUGGAUGAAAGACUGGCGAAUUUGAGGCAUCCCAGUAAUCUGGGGAGGGUUCUCGGAGGUGCAUGGGGUUUGGAGGAGGUGAUGAGGUGGGAUAGAAAUAUUACUGGCCAUGCGACAGGUCACGCCUCGGUCAAGGGCCAAGCUGUUGAGGCCGUUAUGGGUGGUAUCUUUACCCAAUUCGGGUCACCAGCUGCCCACCGGGCUUUCCACCUCCACAUUCUUCCCAAAGUUGCCAGCCAACUGAGAGAUCCAUUCCUGGUAGAAAAAGUGCAAAGUGUGAGAGAAGAACUGGAAAAAGAGUUUGGAAGGGGCAUUCUGCCAAAGCAAUAG